AUGACGCUAAGGAACUUGGCUAACGAGUUUCUCACCUUUGUAACGGCAAGCCCUUCGCCGUUCCACGCUACGGAAGAAGCACGGAAGAAACUUGUUCAGGCUGGCUACUCUGAGGUCUUUGAAAAGUCAAGCUGGGACGGUGCAUUGAAGCCCGGCGGAAAAUACUUCUUCACAAGAAAUCAUUCAUCAAUUCUUGCGUUUGCUAUUGGCGGCCAAUACAAACGAGGAAACGGUUUCUCGAUUGUCGGAGCACAUACCGAUUCCCCUUGCCUGAAAGUGAAGCCACGCUCUGCUAAAUCUAGAGGUGUAUACACUCAGGUUGGAGUCGAAGUCUAUGGAGGCGGUUUAUGGCAUACCUGGUUUGAUCGCGACUUGGGUGUAGCUGGUCGUGUCUUGGUCCAUGAGAAGGAUGGCACCAUUCAGCAUCGUCUUGUUCGUGUUAGCAGACCCAUCUUGAAAAUCCCAACCUUGGCAAUCCAUCUCGAUCGAGCAGUAAACACUGACGGCUUCAAAUUCAACACGGAAACGCAGUUGCUACCAGUUCUAGGCAUUGCAGCUGCCAAAUUGAACGAACCAGCAUCAUCUACUCCUCCUGCUGGCGAUGAGAAACAUUCGUCAGUGUUUUUAUCCUUGCUAGCUUCAGAAUUGAAGUGUGACAUCUCUCAAAUUGGCGAUUUUGAGAUUUGCUUGUAUGAUACCAACCCAGCUUGCACAUGGGGUGCUAAUAACGAGUUCAUAUCUUCGUCUCGUUUGGAUAAUUUGAAUAUGUCGUUUUGUGCUUUGACGGCUUUGAUCAACAGCACCACCAACUCAUCGUUGAGUGAUGAACCACUGAUACGAGUAGUUGCUCUUUUUGACAAUGAAGAGAUUGGAUCUGUUUCGGCAUAUGGAGCUGACUCGGACAUGAUGUUGGCUGCGUUGGAGAGACUCUCCAAGGUUGAAAUUACUGAUUCUGCGGACCGUUCAACUUCUGCAUUCGAGCAAGCCAUGCAGAAAUCUAUGCUCAUUAGUGCUGACAUGGGUCAUGCUUCCCAUCCAAACUAUUGGGACAAGCAUGAAGACAACCACCGACCCAAAAUCAACUCUGGAGUCGUACUCAAAAUGAAUGCUAAUCUCCGAUAUGCUACUACUGCUAUUACCACCACUAUCUUGCGAGAAGUUGCCAAAGUCAAAGGCACUUCAUUGCAAGAGUUUGUGGUGAGGAAUGAUUCGCCAUGUGGAAGUACUAUUGGACCAAUGCUUUCAGCUAAGCUCGGGUUGCGAACUGUGGACGUUGGCAACCCUCAAUGGGGAAUGCACUCGAUCAGAGAAACUGCAGGAGUUGAAGAUAUCGCUUCCGCAGUGGACUUGUUUCAGUCAUUCUUUGAGAACUUUUCAAAGAUUGACGCAAACGUCCAAGUAUACCACAACUUGUAG